AUGCGGUGCUUUGACACGGCGAAAAUUUACGUAAAGGCUGGCGACGGCGGUGAUGGUCAGGUUGCGUUCAGGCGAGAAAAGUUCGUGCCGCAAGGUGGACCAUCGGGGGGUAACGGUGGGAUCGGCGGCGCGGUGUAUAUUGUCGCCGAUAAGAACAUGAAUUCUUUAGAUGGAUUUAGAAAAAAAGUGCACCAUCGGGCCGAGGCGGGCAAACGGGGGCUCGGAUCGAAGUGUGCCGGCCGUAACGGUCGCGAUUUGGAGAUCUUGGUGCCACCCGGAACUAUCAUUCGCGACAGUCGGAGCAAAACAAUCAUCGCAGAGAUCACGAAGGCUGAACAGCGAGUGAUGGUGCUCGCGGGCGGUCGAGGCGGUCGAGGGAACGCGUCCUUCAAGACGGCGAAGAAUAAGGCUCCGAUGAUUGCGGAGUUGGGCGAAAAAGGACGUGAGUUCUGGGCUGAGAUGGAACUCAAACUCGUCGCCGAUGUGGGAAUAAUUGGCAUACCCAACGCUGGGAAAUCAACCUUACUCGCGAGCGUGAGCGCGGCGAAACCAAAGAUUGCCGACUACCCGUUUACGACCAUCGUGCCAAAUUUGGGCGUCGUAGAGCGCGACUACGAGCGCAUGGUGUUUGCAGACAUCCCGGGUUUGCUCGAAGGGGCGUCGGAAGGGAUUGGUUUAGGUUUCGAGUUCCUUCGCCACACAAAGCGAACGCGCGUGCUCAUUCACGUCAUCGACUGCGCGAGCGAGACGUGCUUUGAGGCGUACGACGCGAUUCGCACCGAGCUCGAACUCUUCGACGAAGCCUUGCUCGAAAAGCCCGAAAUCGUCGCUUUAAACAAAGUGGACGACAUCGAAGCCACGGAGCGAGCGCUGCAAAUGAAGGAAAAGUUUGACGCCGAGGGCAUCUCUUCGCACUGCGUCUCCGCCGUCACGGGUGAGGGCGUGGAGGAGCUCCUCGCCGACGUCCAAGCCGCCCUUCGCGCCCUACCUCCGGUCGAAGAUGCCUGGGCCGCUGAUAUCGCGGAAACGGGCGUGCGCGCCGCGGAUGGAAAAUCCAUCGAAGAUUUCACAAUCGACGACACCCCGUACGCGUUCGUCGUCGCCGGCGAAGCCAUCGAGCGUUUCACGCAAAUGACAAACUGGGACUAUUUCGAGUCCUACAAGCGCUUCGGCCGCGUCCUCGAAAUGGCUGGCAUCGACGCCGCCCUCAACGCCGCGGGCGCGGGCGAGGGCGACCGUAUCAUCAUCGGCGACUUCGAGUUCGAGUGGAGCAAGGACCGCCGCGACCGCACCCUGUACGAAUCCUUCAGGCAACGCGUCGCCGACGCCCCCGGCGGCCAGCGAGGCAGCCGCCACUGGCCCCACGCGUCGUGAAAACGUCAAUCGCGCGCCCACCGUCGCCGUCGCG